AUGCAAGGAGUGUGGGUGUGCAACGGCGGUGUGAGCGUGCGGGGAGUCUGGCCCGGCCACGAGGAGCAGGUCGGGGCGCUGGCACGGGAGCUGGGCUUCCGGCACGUUUCCCUCUCCUCGGCGGUGGCGGGCAUGGUGCGGGCGGUGCCGCGCGGCUACACGGCCUGCGCCGACGCCUACCUCACUCCCUGCAUCCACCGCUACCUGGAGAGCUUCCGUGCCGGCUUCGCCCACCAGCUGCGGGCACGGGGCCACGACACCGCCCGCCACGUGCUGGCCUGUUUCGGGGGCGCGGGGGGCCAGCACGCCUGCGCCAUCGCCCGCGCCCUGGGCAUGAGCAGGGUCUUCAUCCACAAGUACAGCGGGAUCCUGUCGGCGUAUGGGCUGGCGCUGGCGGACGUGGUGCACGAGGCCCAGGCCCCCUGCGCCCUGCGCUACGAGCCGGCCGCCUUCCCCUGGCUGGAUGGGCGCAUCGCCGCGCUAGAGCGGGAGUGCCGGGACGCACUGCGGGCGCAGGGCUUCACUGGGGAGCAGAUCCGCACGGAGGCUUUCCUGCACCUGCGCUACGAGGGCACCGACUGUGCCCUCAUGUGCUCGGCCAAGGGCCACCCGCCCACCCCACGCUCCUGCCGUGCCGGAGACUUCCAUGCCGCCUUCACCAGCCGGUACCUGGUGGAGUUUGGCUUCACCAUCCCUGACCGCGCCAUGGUGGUGGACGAUGUGCGGGUGCGCGGCACGGGCAGCAGCGGCAUCAGCUGCGAGACCCCCCUGGCCCCCAGCGGGAAACCGGCCCGUGUGGAGACGGUGACGCGGUGCUACUUCGAGGAGGGGUAUCUGGAGACACCAGUGUUCCUGCUGGAGGAGCUGGCCUGCGACCACACCGUCCCCGGCCCUGCCAUCAUCAUUGACAAGAACAGCCCCGGGGAGCGGGGGGGGGGGGGGAUGGGUGGGGCAGGGGGGUUUGGUGUGGGGUGGGAGCCCCCUCCUGAGGGUCUGCCGCGUCCCCCCGCAGAGCAGAUGGGCCGGAUCCUGCAGCGGACGGCCAUCUCCACCAACAUCAAGGAGCGGCUGGGUUUCUCCUGCGCGCUCUUCGGGCCGGAUGGGGGGCUGGUGUCCAACGCCCCCCACAUCCCCGUCCACCUGGGCGCCAUGCAGGAGACCGUCCAGUUCCAGAUCCGCAACCUCGGCGCCGACCUGCGGGAGGGGGACGUCAUCCUGAGCAACCACCCCUGCGCGGGGGGCAGCCACCUGCCCGACCUCACCGUCAUCACCCCCGUCUUCUGGCCAGGUGUCCCCAAGCCCGUCUUCUUCGUGGCCAGCCGUGGGCACCACGCGGACAUCGGGGGCAUCACCCCCGGCUCCAUGCCCCCGCACUCCAAGGCGCUGCGGGAGGAGGGGGCCGUCUUCGUCUCCUUCAAGCUGGUGAAGGACGGCGUCUUCCAGGAGGAGGGUGGGUCUGCGCUGGGGUGGCGGGAUGCGGGCAGCGCCGUCUUUGACUUCUCGGGCUCGGGGCCGGAGGUGUACGGGAACUGCAACGCCCCCCGCGCCAUCACCCUUUCCGCCCUCAUCUACUGCCUGCGCUGCAUGGUGGGCCAGGACAUCCCCCUCAACCAGGGCUGCCUGGCCCCCGUGCGGGUGGUCAUCCCCAAGGGCUCCAUCCUGGACCCCUCGCCCGAGGCCGCCGUGGUGGGGGGCAACGUCCUGACCUCCCAGCGGGUGGUGGACGUCAUCUUCAGGGCCUUCGGCGUCUGCGCCGCCUCCCAGUGCCAGGGGUUCUGGGGUUAG